GGAGCCGGAAGGAAAGGAAGUCGGAAGGUGCAAGAGUGACAGACACGGACAGACGGACGCGCAGACCUUCGGAAGGCACUGCGUAGGCAGCCUCCUCGGAGCCCGCGAGGCUCCCCAGCACCGUUCACGGGUGGGAGGCUGAGCCUGUGGAAAAGACACCGGGAAGAGACUCAGAGGCGACCAUAAUGUCGUUACGUGUACACACUGUGCCCACCCUGCUUGGAGCCGUCGUCAGACCGGGCUGCAGGGAGCUGCUGUGUUUGCUGAUGAUCACAGUGACUGUGGGCCCUGGUGCCUCUGGGGUGUGCCCCACCGCUUGCAUCUGUGCCACUGACAUCGUCAGCUGCACCAACAAAAACCUGUCCAAGGUGCCUGGGAACCUUUUCAGACUGAUUAAGAGACUGGACCUGAGUUAUAACAGAAUUGGGCUUCUGGAUUGUGAGUGGAUUCCAGUAUCGUUUGCAAAGCUGAACACCCUAAUUCUUCGUCAUAACAACAUCACCAGCAUUUCCACGGGCAGUUUUUCCACAACUCCAAAUUUGAAGUGUCUUGACUUAUCAUCCAAUAAGCUGAAGACGGUGAAAAACGCUGUAUUCCAAGAGUUGAAGGUUCUGGAAGUGCUUCUGCUUUACAACAAUCACAUAUCCUAUCUCGAUCCUUCAGCGUUUGGAGGGCUCUCCCAGUUGCAGAAACUCUACUUAAGUGGAAAUUUUCUCACACAGUUUCCGAUGGAUUUGUAUGUUGGAAGGUUCAAGCUGCCAGAACUGAUGUUUUUAGAUGUUUCUUAUAACCGAAUUCCUUCCAUGCCAAUGCACCAUAUAAAUUUAGUGCCAGGAAAACAGCUGAGAGGCAUCUACCUUCAUGGAAACCCAUUUGUCUGUGACUGUUCCCUGUAUUCCUUGCUGGUCUUUUGGUAUCGUAGGCACUUUAGCUCAGUGACGGAUUUUAAGAACGAUUACACCUGUCGCCUGUGGUCUGACUCCAGGCACUCGCGUCAGGUACUUCUGCUCCAGGAUAGCUUUAUGAAUUGCUCUGACAGCAUCAUCAAUGGUUCCUUUCGUGCGCUUGGCUUUAUUCAUGAGGCUCAGGUCGGGGAAAGACUGAUGGUCCAUUGUGACAGCAAGACAGGUAAUGCAAAUACCGAUUUCGUCUGGGUGGGUCCAGAUAACAGACUGCUAGAGCCGGAUAAAGAGAUGGAAAACUUUCACGUGUUUCACAAUGGAAGUCUGGUUAUAGAAAGCCCUCGUUUUGAGGAUGCUGGAGUGUAUUCUUGUAUCGCAAUGAAUAAGCAACGCCUGUUAAAUGAAACUGUGGACGUCACAAUAAAUGUGAGCAAUUUCACUGUAAGCAGAUCCCAUGCCCAUGAGGCAUUUAACACAGCUUUUACCACUCUUGCUGCUUGCGUGGCCAGUAUCGUUUUGGUACUUUUGUACCUCUAUCUGACUCCAUGUCCCUGCAAGUGUAAAACCAAGAGACAGAAAAAUAUGCUACACCAAAGCAAUGCCCAUUCAUCGAUUCUCAGUCCUGGCCCCGCUAGUGAUGCCUCCACUGAUGAACGGAAGGCAGGUGCAGGUAAAAGAGUGGUGUUUUUGGAACCCAUGAAGGAUACUGCAGCAGGGCAGAACGGGAAAGUCAGGCUCUUUCCCAGCAAGGCAGUGAUAGCUGAGGGCAUCCUAAAGUCCACGAGGGGGAAGUCUGACUCAGAUUCAGUCAAUUCAGUGUUUUCUGACACACCUUUUGUGGCGUCCACUUAAUUUGUGCUAUAUUCGUAUGAUGUCAUAAUUUAAUCUCUUCAUAUUUAACUUUGUGUGUGGUCUGCAAAAUAAACAGCAGGACAGAAAUUGUCUUGUUUUGUUCUUUGAAAUACAACCAAAUGGUCUCUUAAAAUGAUUGGUAGGAAAUGAGGUAAAGCACUUUAGUUCCUGAAUGUACCAGAGAAAGAUGGGGUUGUUUUCCAAAGUUUAAGUGCUAGAUAACAAUAUCUUAGCUUUUAGCACUAUUGAUAAUUUCAGAGCAGGCCCAGAGGUGAUAUGACUCCCAUUGUCCCUUUAUUUAGGAUGUUGAAAGAAAAAACAAACUUUAUGUAUUAGUGUCCUUUAAAAAUAGACUUUGCUAACUUACUAGUACCAAAGUUGAGUUAUUUUAAAGAAAAACACUAGUGUCCAAUUUCAUUUUUAAAAGAUGUAGAAAGAAGAAUCAAACAUCAAUUAAUUAUAAAGCCUAAAGCAAAGUUAGAUUUGGGGAUUAUUCAGCCAAAAUUACCAUUUCAGACCAGAAUGAAUAGACUACACUGAUAAAAUGUACUGGAUAAUGCCACAUCCUAUAUGGUGUUAUAGAAAUAGUGCAAGGAAAACACAUUUGUUCCCUGUCUUUUCAUUUUGUACAUUCUUCCCAUUCUGUAUUCUUGUACAAAAGAUCUCAUUGAAAAUUUAAAGUCAUCAUAAUUUGUUGCCAUAAAUAUGUAAGUGUCAAUACCAAAAUGUCUGAGUAACUUCUUAAAUCCCUGUUCUAGCAAACUAAUAUUGGUUCAUGUGCUUGUGUAUAUGUAAAUCUUAAAUUAUGUGAACUAUUAAAUAGACCCUACUGUACUGUGCUUUGGACAUUUGAAUUAAUGUAAAUAUAUGUAAUCUGUGACUUGAUGUUUUGUUUUAUUUGGCUAUUUAAAAACAUAAAUCUAAAAUGUUUUAUGUUAUCA